CAAAAAAAACAAAGAAAGAAGCAAAAGAAACUUCCAAACUCAAAAAGUGUUCUUCUCCUCUUCUCUAUUGAAGCAUAUGGUCAGCUCGACUUGAUCCUGAUCAUUAUCAUCAAUUGAUGGACGGUCGUGAUGAGGACGCUGCUGUACCCCCAGCUUCUGAAGUCUCAUGCUCGAUUUGCCUCGAUUUGGUCUCUGAUACGGGCGCCAGAUCCUGGGCUAAGCUUCACUGUGGCCAUCAAUUCCAUCUCGAUUGCAUCGGUUCGGCAUUUAAUAUGAAAGGGGCUAUGCAAUGCCCGAAUUGUCGGAAGGUUGAAAAAGGUCAGUGGCUGUAUGCAAACGGCUCCACUCGAUCACUUCCUGAGCUAACCAUGGAGGAAUGGACUCAUGAGGAGUAUUAUGAUCCGGUUUAUUCUGAAAUGCAGCAGUUUAGAGCUCAGUGGUGUCCAUUUGGCGAAUUCACAAGAGUUGGCUCAUCACCUGAGGAUGUCGAAUCACCAUUAAUUACAUCUGCAGCUCCGAGGUCUUCUAAUGGUGAACUUGAUUCUGCAACUAGACCCAACUCAUUUCGGCAUCCUUCUCCCUUUGAACACGGGUCCAGUUCUAGAGCUGGGAGUUCGUUUGUCUCUUCAAUGUUUCAUCGUUAUCCAGGCAGUGGUGCUCAUACGUAUGAUAUAAUCUGGCCAUCUCUUGCCUACCAUCGACAUCAACAUCGUUUUCAUCAACAGCGCUUCAAUCGACCUGGUGUGGCUGCUCCUGUAGUUCCUGGUGUAAGAGGUAUGGCUCCAAUGACCCCAGCAGUCCCCCAACCUGAUCAAAGUGGUGGCUUCUAUGUCUAUCCUCAAUCAGGUUCAUCAGGACAGUACCUACCAGAAGCAGAAAGCUCAUAUCCAAAUAAUUACCUUGCUUUGGAAAGAGAGCAAUUACCUCAUUUCCGAACUGUUACAAGAGUCUCCGGUUGGGGAGGAUAUUAUCCUACAUCUAGCUCUGGUUCUGGCAACCGGUCUUGGGACCGACCUUUAGAUUGGUUGUAAAUGCUUUUCAAUUGGUCUGUCAAGUGUUUGUUUGAAGCGAUUGCAUCCGAUACUUAAUUUGGAUUGCAGCUAAUGCUUUGAU